AUGUUAGCAUCUGCUAAAAUAGCUAUAGAACAUGUUAACCUCCGUGAUGACAUCUUGCCAGGAUACAGGUUGAAUCUGGUCUGGAAUGAUACUCUGUGUAAUCCAGGCAGAGGAAUUAAGGCUAUGUAUGAUAGUUUAUAUACACCACCAACUAAAAUCAUCCUUAUGGGUGCUGCUUGCUCACCAGUUAGUGAAGCUACAGCUCAAGCUUCUCACUUGUGGAACCUUGUACAGUUUUCUUAUGUCUCCUUGUCCCCUGCUUUGUCAGAUAAAGCUAGAUUCCCCCGAUUCUUCCGGACCACAGCCCCAGACGUCGUAGUUAACCCAGCGAGAAUAGAUAUCUUUAAGCAGUUUGGCUGGACCAAGAUAUCCACUAUACAUCAGUCAUUUGAACUAUUCGCUGCUGUAACAGACAAUCUAAAUAUAUUAUUGAAAGAGGCCAAUGUAACAGUGGUGCGAUCUGAAAUAUUUACCGAUAACCCAUCGUUACAAGUUAAAAAUCUCAAGAUAAAUGAUGCCAGGAUCAUCGUUGGUGGUUUUUAUGUAGACAAGGCUAGACAAAUAUUCUGUGAGGCAUAUAAAAUUGGAUUGUAUGGACGUAAAUUUCUUUGGAUAUUAGUUGGCUGGUAUGACGAUAAUUGGUGGAUGACUCCGGAUCCAAAUAUAGAUUGUACACCUGCACAGUUAGCUGAGGCCAUUGAAGGUUACAUAGCCGUUGAUCACAUUUAUCUCAACCCGAAAGACUCACCGUCAGUAUCGGGCAUCAAACCGAGUGAAUUCCUUGAUAUAUUCAACAACAGGACCAACAACGAAGAUCUCUUUGGCAAGAAAUUAAGUCCUUUGGCGUAUGACACCGUCUGGACUAUUUCUUUGGGGUUAAAUGAAACUCUAACAGAACUAAUGAAUAACGGUAAAUACCAGACCAGUAACAAAAUGUUCAUAUUACAUCAGAUAUUGUAA